AGGCAGAAAGGGACAUUCACAGGGACGUGAGAAGCUAUCCUGUCCAUGGCUCCUGAGAAACAGCAGGACAAUGGGACCUGGCCGGUGACAGAGUUCAUCCUGGUGGGAUUCUCCAACCUCCCAGACCUGAGGCCCACUCUCUUCAUCUUGUUCCUCCUCACCUACCUGGUCACACUCAGUGGCAACGCCACCAUCAUCACCAUCAUCCAGGUGGAUCACACUCUCCACACACCUAUGUACCGCUUCCUGGCCGUGCUCUCCCUCUCUGAGACCUGCUACAUGCUGGUCACCAUCCCCAACAUGCUGGCUCAUCUCCUGAUGGAGAGCCAGGUCAUCUCCAUCGCAGGCUGUCGGGCCCAGAUGUUCUUCUUCCUAGGCUUGGGUUGCAGCCACUGUUUCCUCCUGACCCUGAUGGGUUAUGACAGGUACGUGGCCAUCUGCCAUCCCUUGCGCUACUCUGUGAUCAUGAGACCCACGGUUUGCCUGUGUUUGGGAGCCUUGGUUUUCUGUUCUGGUUUCUCGGUGGCCUUGAUUGAGACCUGCAUGAUCUUCUCCUCGCCCUUCUGUGGCGCAGGCCACGUGGAGCACUUCUUCUGUGAUAUCGCGCCUGUGCUGAAACUAAGCUGUGCUGAGAGUUCGCUCAAGGCGCUCGGCAUCUUCUUCCUGAGCAUCCUCGUCGUGCUGUUCUCCUUCCUCCUCAUCCUCCUAUCCUACGCCUUCAUCGUGGCAGCCAUCGUGAGGAUCCCUUCAGCUGCUGGCCGGCGCAAAGCCUUCUCCACCUGCGCGGCCCAUCUCACGGUGGUCAUCGUGCAUUUUGGCUGUGUCUCCAUCAUCUACCUGCGGCCAGACUCCGGGGCAAACCCCUCCCAGGACCGCCUGGUGGCAGUGUUCUACACAGUGGUGACGCCGCUGCUGAACCCUGUGGUAUAUACCCUGAGGAACAAGGAGGUGAGGGUAGCCCUGAGGAAAAACCUGGCGCGGGGCUGUGGAGUAUUUAAGUAAGAAAUUUUGUGUGUAUGAGUUUCUGUAAUAAUCAAUGCAAAUAUAUUUAAAAAAACAAGACCUUCGUCAUGGAACUCUAGUUCCCUACUGGGAAAACAGGAGGCAAUCCCAUGACUUAUGAAAUAACUUCUGUUAUUUGUCAGUGCCUGAGACAAUGUAACCACAAUAAAGUGUCUCAUCUUUGUCAUGGGUUCUUGAACUUGAUGUGGUGCAAUGCCUAGUACCUGCCAGUAGAGGGCGCCACCGAUGCAACUCAUGGUUGGAGAGGGGCAGAGGGCAGUUUUUUCUUCUUUAACAUUUUAACAUGGCUCAGUGGUUAAAUGCACUGACUGUUCUCCCAGAGGUCCUGAGUUCAAAUCCCAGCAACCACAGGGUGACUCACAACCAUCUGUAAUGGGACUGCCCUCUUCUGGUGUGCCUGAAGACAGCUACAAUGUACUCAUAUAGAAUAAAUAAAUAAAAUCUUUAAAAAAUUAA